AUGACUUCUAACUUCAUAAUACGGCGUGCUACCGUCGAAGAUGCUCCUCAGCUUUCACUUCUUGGAAGAAAAACAUUUUACGAAACUUAUACAAAUGAACUUAGCAUUGAUCUUGAUUCUCAACGAAUAGAAGAGUAUGUAGAACGAGAACAUUCAGUUCAAGCUUAUUGUGAGACGAUUAAUGAUCCAUUGCAAGGUGUUUGGAUUGUUUUCAAUGAAAAUGGAAACAAGGAAGAACCAAUUGCGUAUGCUGUUGCAACACGAUUCAAUCUAUUGCCAGACUACUCUUCUGAUCCAAAUGACUUUGGAAUAAAACGCAUCUACGUCCGACGCGACUACCAAGGUAAACAAAUUGGAUGGAAAUUAAUGACUGAAAUCAUAGUUUGGUUCAAAACUGUUACACCUCAACCGAAUCGUAUUCUUCUUAGGGUACAUUCUAAGAAUUUAAAGGCAAUUCGUUUCUAUGAAAAAUAUGGAUUUGAACAACUUGAUGAACAAAGUUUAAGAUUAGGCGAAAGAAUUUAUAAUAUUUUCUCUUACGAUCUGUCUCAUCGCGCAGAACAAUAA